AUGGUUUCAAUUUUGUCCACAAACAUCGCCCAAAUAGAACUGGUGGUGGUGUUGGAUUAUAUAUUUCUGACAAAUUUCGAUUUUAAAUUUCGCGCUGACUUGAGUUUUGACGAUAUUGAUGUUGCAGAAUCUUUGUUUACUGAAAUAUCAAGACCCCUUGGGAAAAAUAUUAUCGGUGGUGUUAUUUACAGGCCACCUAAUCAGAGAGGUGGUGACUUUGUGUCAAAACACAAUGAUCUGUUAGCGAAAAUCUCUAGAGAGAACAAAAUAUGUUUUAUUAUGAGUGAUUUCAAUUUGAAUUUAAUUAACUUUCAACAUCACCAAAACACUGGCGAAUUCCUUGAUGGCUUGCACUCGUAUAUGUUUUUCCCCAUGAUAACACGUCCCACCCGAAUAACUUCUCACACCGCAACAUUGCUA